GCCUGCCUUUGAAUCUGUGAAUAAAGCUUGUUGAAACAGGAACAGGAAGCACUCAGAAGCAAAACAGAGAGCGGUGCGGGUGGACGGAGUUGCACAGUCAGGAUCGUGUCUGUCGUCACUGCUGAGCGGUGCAGGUUUGUCACGGUUGGAAGUGAGAAGCCCCCGUUUCGUUUGCGCCGAGGUCGCAAUGGCAGAUCCGAUGGUGAAGAUGGAAGCAGACCCGAUGGCGGUGGACCCCGACGCUGGACACCAGCAGGGAGCGAUCGAGCCAUCACCCGCCGCCUGGGACCCCAAGGAAAUCAAAGUGGAGGACGAGGAGCAGCAGGGCUCCUUCAAAGAGGCUGGUCUUGGGGAGCAGGGGGAACAAGGGGAGCAGUCCUCUGAGGGCCCCCAGGCCAAGAAACUAAAAGUGGAACCGGAGAAGAGGAGGGAGAAGCGGCAAAAAGUAGAUGAGGAUGAGAUCCAGAAAAUGCAGAUUUUAGUGUCGUCCUUCUCGGAGGAGCAGCUCAAUCGGUAUGAGAUGUACCGCAGAUCAGCCUUUCCUAAAGCGGCUAUCAAAAGGCUGAUCCAGUCAAUCACAGGCUCCUCUGUGUCUCAGAAUGUGGUCAUCGCCAUGUCCGGCAUUUCAAAGGUGUUUGUCGGGGAGGUGGUGGAGGAAGCUCUGGAUGUGUGUGAGAAGUGGGGGGAGAUGCCUCCGCUGCAGCCCAAGCACAUGAGAGAGGCGGUGCGGAGACUGAAGACCCGAGACCAGAUCCCCAACACCAAGCACAAACGCGUCCUGCUGCAGUGAGGCAGGGCCCCAGGGGCCGGGCCAGAGACAUGAGCGGAGCUUCCACUGCCAAGAAAACUCGAGCUGGUCCGGUCUGCCUGCCCCCGCGGAAGCUAGUUCAUUCUUGGGAGCCUUGCCUCGUAGGGAGUCACUUCACAUCUAGAACGAAUGCACAGCGUGAAUAUCCGAAUCACGCUUCAUGACUUUUUCAAGAGGACACCCACACAUCCACGAUGCUGUUUUUCCAACUGAAGGAAUCAGCUGGAAGUUGUCGUUGGUGCAAAUAUUACCUCUGGAAUGUGGAGUACAUCUCUUGAAGGCACAUAACAGAAGUGUUACUGUGCAGUAUUUUGAAUCUACUACAUGGAUCUCUGGUUAAAAAUAAGAAACAGUGGGUGCUGUUGUAUGUCAGUGUGAAAAGGCACAAAGCCAAAAAGUCUGGUAUGAAAGUAAACAUGAGCAUACGGUUCUUUUAAAUACCUGGGGAGAGGUACAAGCUGACAUUGGCAGAGUGACUAGUGCCCGCGGUGUACAGUAAUACUGAUUCGAACUUCAGUGCAUCACCGAAUUCCCUGCAAGUUAUU